AUGAAAUGGUGCAUACUUUUCGUCACUAUUUCUCUGAUACUCAUUUCGGCCUUUGUCAAUGUUAAUUCUGAACAAGUUUUUAGUCGUAAUCACCUCAAACUCCAGAAAAUUGUAGCCACUUUGCCCUCAUUACAGCUUCAUGUUACUCUCAAGCAUAAAGCAAUGGAACUUCAUGGAAUAUCUGACUUUCAGGUGUAUGCUAAUCCCCUUGUAUCGAAACAACAGGGGGAUCGUGUACUCUACAACGGUUACACAACGUUUACUGAUGGUCCUGUACGCUUCACUUACUCACUUGUGGAUGGAGCGCCCUACUUGAUGACAAUUAAUAGCUCAUCGGAUGCUCAAAUUGUUCGCUGUAUUCCUCCUAGCACCCUCCCAUUUAAUGAUAUGCUAUCGGCAUUCAAUGCAUUAACGCCAAUUCCUAGUGCAUCAAUAGGUGGCAAAACUAUCGAGUGCAAGAUUGGAAACCUCUUCAAGACAUCGUUCGCUGGCGUCCAGUACGCUGUCUGUUUCGCGGGUAAGGCGGGUUUUACUGCCUAUACAAGUGCUAUGACCAUUACUGUCAAUUAUCUGGACAAUCCCGUGACCAUUCCCAGGACAACAUUAAAGGAUGGAUCAUCAUGCAAUGCCAUUGCAAAUGCAAUUGAAAUGACACCAACUGCACUUGCAUUGCUAAGUGGGACUGAAGUACCAGUCAGGACGUCAAGAAUCCUCAAGGAAGAAACACAUAUGGCAAUGGCUUCUUCAUCGUGCUCGUGUAAGUCGACUCCUCGUCCAUGCCUCUUAUUUCAUGGCCUAGGCAAUGAAGUCGAGGAACGAGGUGUGCAGGAUACGUCGCGUCAUUUCGGGUGGGAAAAAAUUGAGAAUCAUGCUCCAUGCUGCACAACGAUCAAGUAUGCUGCACUCAAUACCGUCGACUAUCGUUGGACCGACUCGCAUCUUCAGGAAAUGGCGUGUGAUCGCUCUCUUUCCAUGUCCAAUUCGUCGUCUAAACACACGAUAAGAGACACAAUUAUCGUCACGCACUCAAUGGGUGGGCUGAUGUUUGCUGGUGCACUUGCAAACAGGAAAUGUAAUCUCGCAAAAAGCUCGACAUGGAUUGCUCUCAGUCCUCCCAUGACUGGCAGCAUGUCUUCCGACUACCUUCUGGAGUUCUGCAAAGGCAAGGUCGAUAAUGUUCUUGCGCACGUGAUCUUCCAAGACAAAUGCCCAAUAUCUGUUUCCGCCACGUCCGUUGUCUAUAAAACGGAGAAGUAUAGUGACAAGGCUAUGAAAACUGCAUACGCUGCCGCUGAGAAGGUUUAUCGCAAGUAUGUCUUCGCAGCCAUGUGUAGCAGCUCUUACGUCGGUAACAUUUCCAAAUAUCAACCCAAGUAUAUGAUGGGAGGGUCUGUGAUUCCGCACAAGUCCUCCGAGAAUGACGGUCUCGUCGAGUUCCAAAGCUGUGCAGGAGGUAUUUCGUCGUCAACGUUUGGAACCACGCACGAAGAUCGGUUUUACAGGUGUGAGUUGAACCAUGCCGACACGGCUUUUAAAACUGGUGACGGGCUUUUCAAGACGACUGUUAAACCUGUAAAGUGGUUUGAGUGCCUCCUGUAA